GCGGGAGCGCGCGCGCACGAGCUGGGCAGCAGGCUCCAGAGCGAGUCGGUCCUCGCGGCUCAGCCCGCUCCCCCGCGCCCUAUGUGAGGGACCCGGGGAAGCCAGCGGCGCAGGGGAGGGCGAGGCAUGUGCACGGGCAAGGGGGUGCUGCAGCCGCCCGAGGAAGAGGAGGACGGCGGCGGCGAGGAGAGCGGGGGGCUCGGGGCGGCGGGCCCGGGCCGAGGGGAUGCAGCGGACUGUGUGUGUCUGGCAGUAGCUGACGCGAGACGGCGAAGAGGCGCCGGGGAUCUGCGAGAAGGGCGACCAGGAGGCGGCGGCGGCGGUGGCCGCGAGAAGUAGCAGCAGGACGGGCGGCGGCGGCGGAGACGGCAGCCCUGAAAUGCAUUUUCCUCUCCAGCGGCCAUGUUAACCAGGAAACCUUCGGCCGCCGCUCCCGCCGCCUACCCGACCGGCCGAGGAGGGGACAGCGCUGUUCGUCAGCUUCAGGCUUCCCCGGGGCUCGGAGUGGGACCCCCCCGGAGCGGAGUGGGGACUGGCCCUCCCUCCCCGAUCGCCCUGCCGCCCCUCCGGGCCAGCAACGCUGCCGCCACAGCCCACACGAUUAGUGGCAGUAAGCACACAAUGAAUGAUCACCUCCAUGUCGGCAGCCACAGCCACGGACAGAUCCAGGUGCAGCAGCUGUUUGAGGAUAACAGUAACAAGCGGACAGUGCUCACGACACAACCAAAUGGGCUUACAACCGUGGGCAAAACGGGAUUGCCGGUGGUUCCAGAGCGGCAGCUGGAGAGCAUCCAUCGACGACAGGGGAGCUCCACCUCUCUGAAGUCUGUGGAAGGCCUGGGGAAGGUGAAAGCCACCCCCAUGACGCCUGAACAAGCAAUGAAGCAAUACAUGCAAAAACUAACCACCUUCGAACACCAUGAGAUUUUCAGCUACCCUGAAAUAUACUUCUUGGGUCCAAAUGCAAAGAAGCGCCAGGGCAUGACAGGUGGGCCCAACAACGGAGGCUAUGAUGAUGACCAGGGAUCGUACGUGCAGGUGCCCCACGAUCAUGUGGCUUACAGGUACGAGGUCCUCAAGGUCAUUGGGAAGGGGAGCUUUGGACAGGUGGUCAAGGCCUAUGACCACAAAGUCCACCAGCAUGUGGCCCUGAAGAUGGUGCGGAAUGAGAAGCGCUUCCACCGGCAGGCUGCCGAGGAGAUCCGGAUCCUGGAACACCUGCGGAAGCAGGACAAGGACAACACCAUGAACGUCAUCCACAUGCUGGAGAAUUUCACCUUCCGCAACCAUAUCUGCAUGACGUUCGAGCUGCUGAGCAUGAACCUCUAUGAGCUCAUCAAGAAGAAUAAAUUUCAGGGCUUCAGCCUGCCUUUGGUUCGCAAGUUUGCCCACUCCAUUCUGCAGUGCUUGGAUGCUUUGCACAAAAACAGAAUAAUUCACUGUGACCUUAAGCCCGAGAACAUUUUAUUAAAGCAGCAGGGUAGGAGUGGUAUUAAAGUGAUUGAUUUUGGCUCCAGUUGUUAUGAGCAUCAGCGUGUCUACACGUACAUUCAGUCCCGUUUUUACCGGGCUCCGGAAGUGAUCCUUGGCGCCAGGUACGGCAUGCCCAUCGAUAUGUGGAGCCUGGGCUGCAUUUUGGCCGAGCUCCUGACCGGGUACCCCCUUUUGCCUGGGGAAGACGAAGGCGACCAGCUGGCCUGUAUGAUCGAACUGCUGGGCAUGCCCUCCCAGAAACUGCUGGAUGCAUCUAAACGAGCCAAAAAUUUCGUGAGCUCCAAGGGUUAUCCCCGUUACUGCACUGUCACGACUCUCUCAGACGGCUCUGUGGUUCUCAACGGAGGCCGUUCCCGGAGGGGGAAACUGAGGGGCCCUCCAGAGAGCAGAGAGUGGGGGAAUGCUCUGAAGGGCUGCGACGAUCCCCUUUUCCUUGACUUCUUGAAACAGUGUUUAGAAUGGGAUCCUGUGGUCCGCAUGACCCCUGGCCAGGCGUUACGGCAUCCCUGGCUGAGGAGGCGGUUGCCAAAGCCUCCAGCGGGGGAGAAGACGGCAGUGAAAAGGAUAACUGAGAGCACUGGUGCUAUCACUUCCAUUUCCAAGUUACCUCCACCUUCCAGCUCCGCUUCCAAACUGAGGACUAAUUUGGCACAGAUGACAGAUGCCAAUGGGAAUAUUCAGCAGAGGACAGUCUUGCCAAAACUUGUUAGCUGAGCUGAGUCCCCUGAUGCUGGUAAUCUGAAAGAUACAUACGAUGUUGCUGAGCCUUACUGGGUUGGAAAGGAGUAGCUCAGACCUGUUUUUAUUUGCUCAAUAACUCAACUCAUUUGUAUCUCUUCAGCACUUAUUUUAAUGUAAGAAAGUUGUUUGUUUUGUUUUUAUAAAAUACAUGGGGACAAUGCUUUAAGUUUUUAUACUUUCUGAAACUUUUUGUGUUCUAAACGUACGAUGAGCCUUACUGUAUUUGGUGUGGCAGCGUAAUAAACAUCAGUGGCAGGCCAUUGAUUACUUCAUGACUGCCACGCAUUUACAGAUUGGUGUCGAAGACAUUCACUAUGUUUUUAUGGUUCAUAGCGUAUUCUCCCCACGGUGAUUGCCCCCAAAGGCCCCCCUGCUCUCCCCAUGCUCUGGGUUCAUGCGCAGGUGCAGCAUGUCCUGCUUCUGUCGUCUCUAGGUUAUCUGGGUGGUAGUUUCGGUGGGAGGGGAAUGGUCAGGAUGAAAAUGAUAUUCCAAGAAAAACUGCACCUUAGAGAUUUUUUUUUUCUCCUGAAGUCAUGCUCAAACACAAUAAAAUCCUCAAGGUUGAAGUGACCAGUUAGCAUUCUGACAUUUUCAAAGCUGGCCAACCAGACCUGGUGGAUAAAUGGAAAAGCGUGUGUUCCUCCAAAUCUUCUAAUAGGAUCAGCGAGCUGUUUUGUAAAGAAGCCUCAUAUUACAGAAUUGGUCUUGCACCUAAAUUUAGACAUGUAUUCCGUGAACUGCUUCUCCCUUCUCUUUGCUUUUCCCCUCCGUUACUCUUUUACCACACAUCUGUUGCUUGCAUUAGGGUUUUUUUUUUUCUUCUUCAAAUAGAUAUCCUAGACUGUUAAUAUGGAAAAGAGACAUUUCAGCUGUGAUUAUGACCAUCGUUUCAUAUUCCAAUUUAAAGAACAGCAGCCUAGCUACAUAAGGUGGGGAUUUCCAAAUUCCAAAGAAGGUUUAAUAGAUUAGCAUGAGUUCCCACUUUCUAGGUACCACUGUAAGGUCCUCUUAGCCUGGGAAAGUAUCAACUGUUUCUUUAAAAAAAAAAAAGAGAGGGUUGAAAAUCCUCUUGAUGAGCAGACGUUAUUGUGGCUAUUCAGUAAGGCCAAUUUUAACACCAAAUUUAAAGGAGGAAAAGUUCAACCUCAAGUUAAAUGGUUUGAUUGAUUCUUUGUACCAUUAGAAGAACCACAGAAAUUGCAUUCCUCUAUUUUACCUUUUUUUGGAUUGCACUGAUUGUUUUUGUGAGAAUGACACUUUACCUGGAAAAGUAACUGAGAGUUAAAAGUAAAAGAAUAUUUUCUUCUCUGAAUAUAAUUAUUUUCACAGUGGAAAUUUCAGUAUUUUAUCACUAAUGUAUGAGCAGUGAUAUAUAUCAAUUGCAAGGCACGUGAAAAUUUUUUAGUAUGUGCAAUUUAAUAUAGAAAGAUUUCUGCCUGUUUGGAAAUAGGUUUGGGUAGUAUAAGUUAAGAUAAAUACUCUUUUAUAUGCACAGAUAUUAUUGUAUUGCCUGUAAACUGAUUUACAAGUACUUAAAGCAUGGUCCCCAGUGAGGCCAAGAAAGUUUCCGGUUAAGUUUUUGGUUUUUUGAGGUUUUUUUUUUAGUAUUAAUCCUACAGUUUCUCUUACUUUAAAAAUAAAGUAGUUUUGAACAAAACACUUUACUUAUCUUGAGGCUUUGUCAGUUGAUGGUGGAGAAAAAUGCUCAGGAAAUACUACAGAGAUUUGCCAAAAAACAGUAAUAAGAUUAGCUUAUUAAUAAGAUAGUGAUGUUGAUAUUUGCUUUUCUAUUUAAGGGUGUUACUGGUAAAUUAAUUUACUUCUGUAUUUAAAAAUAUUAUAGCUUCUUCUCCUUAGGCAAAUUCUUUACCAUAUUGUACACAUUUCUGUGUAAUCUGUGGAAGCGCAAUGUGUUAGUAAAUUGCAUUUUAAAUGAUGCUCAUGUGAUGAUAUCCUCAAUCACUGGCUUACAGAAUUUAAAGAUUAUGUAUUUAUUAUUAAAAUUUUAGCUUUAAAGGCAAGAAAUGUAAGACUUGGUGCGAUGGCUUUGUAAACCCACAAGCCUCUUAAGAUGGUUAGCCUCUUUAGGUCACUGAGAUAAACAAAAACAUAAAGACUCUUUUCCCCUUGCAAUACUCCUUUUCCAUAUUCAGUCUCAUUUCCACAGUUAGGUUGAACUAUAUGAACCUGAGCCUGCCAUUAAUAAGAAUUUCCCUCUGAAAUUAUUAUAUAUGUAAAAACUUAUAAAUGGACUAAUACUGUUUGUCUUUCCCCCGCCACACAAAACUGGUUCAUAAGAUGCCAACGAAACAUUUGUGACUCUCUUUACUCACAAAUGUAACCGGAAACUUUUAAGCCAAACUAUAAUGUGCAGCGCUAUGGGGCUCCCCCUGCCCUCUCCUAAAUACAGUGGAAUUUAUUCACAAGAGCCACCCCAUUCAGUGUUUAGUGAUAGAGCUGCUUUUCAAAAAUUCUAGCUUGCUCGUAAUAUCAAGGAGAACAAUUUUGCAUCUUUGUGAUUUUAAAACAAAAAUAAAUGAAGGGCUCUGAUAGGCUACUGGAAGUUGGCUUGGAAACAGUCCUUGGUCUCACAGGUUACCAUUGUCUAGGGAUGUCUGAGCUGUUUUCAGGUUUAGGAAUAGCACAGUGUCGUCUUGUCUUUGGUUGCAGUCUCAUCUGGCUCCGUUUCUUGCACCACCAGAGUGUGCAUUACCACGUAAGUGUAUUGCUACAACAGUGGAACAACAGAGUGAUGCAAGACAGUGUAGAUUAACAGUAGAGGAGAAAUUGUGCCCUUAGUGUUAACAAUGUGCCUUUUGUUCUGAAUGCCAUGUUGUAGGGCAUGCAUUUUUUGGCCUCUUUAACUCUUUGAAUACUGGGCAGUAAGGAUGGAACCCACCUCUGCAAAGAUACAUCUGUCUUAAAUAUCCAGUUACUUAUAGGCCUUAAUAGAAACCAUAAGGCGUGAAUCAUCACCAGGCACUGAAAAAAGUAACCAUUGCUUAGUUACACAGGGAAUUCCUAUGUUUAAGGGGUUAAAGAUGGUCUUUGUUGUAUCUUAACAUCAGACUGAUUUUCUAAAUGAUAUUUUCUUUUGUUAUGCUAACACUAGACAAAAAUCAACUGUAUUUGUAAAAAUUUACCUCAGACCAUUUAAUUUUAUAGUGUGAUUAAUCCCAGGGCAUUUGGUAUGAACCAAAGUGCAUUCCUUUUCUAUGUGCCUGGCUCUAGUAAGGAUGGCCAGGGAUUUUUACAAUUUGGGUGCAAGGCACUUAAGCCACUUUUAAACUUACUGGAUGGUUUGGAGUCAUGUUAAAGGACUCCGUCAGAAUGUUAGGAACACUUUAGGCAUCAGUAGCAUUGGGCCAUAUUGGAAUCUUAACAGUGUGAAUUAUUUUAAAGAGGACAUUCAUUUUUGUAAUUUUUUUCAUCGAUAUUUCUGGUAAGCAGAAGACUUUUUAAAAAGAAAAACUGAUUUGGUCGGCAAAGGUUUUAAUAUUGCCCAACAUAAUGCUGUGGUAGCAUUUUAAAAAACAGUAUUUGUGAACUCUGUUUCUUAGGGGCUUGUACAUCUCUCUGCUAUGGACACAUAUAAAAUGAAUUGUAAUUAUACUCAGCUCAACUGCUACAGUUAUGUCUAGGCAGUGGCUUGGGUUUUUAUCGAGCAACAACUUAGACACGUGACUGUAAUAUGCUGCAACUGUGUGUACUGAAAAUAUGUGAAAAUGGUUGAAUGUGGACUGUGUAUAUAUGUAUGUAAAAAUUUCUGUGAGAUGCUGCUGUUGCCACUUCACAUGAAAUAUGUUCUAGUGGAUUUUAAUCCUAGUGGCCAGUUCUAUGAUACUGUAUGUGUUGUACAGCUGAUCACAGGAGUAAGACUGUUCAGUGAAUAUUUGUUAAAUUUUAUUGUCGUGGCCAGAGAUAAUUUCAGAAUAAAAUUUUAAUGUCCUACCUUACUUUUUCUCCCCUUUUCUAACUAUAAUUUUACUCCUGACCUAUUUCUGGUAUUCUUGGGCUGGUAGCC